AUGUUACUUGAUGAUCCUUUUUUAUCAUUUAUAUGCAAAAUUCUUUGUAGCAUAACCAUCUCUCUCCUUCUCUCUUACUGGAAAAAGACUGAUGCCCAAAAGCAUAGAGAAAAACUCUUGCUGGAAGAAUUAGUUGCUGUUGUCAACAAGAGAGAUGAAUUAGUUCAACAUUUGGAUACACAAGAGAAAGCUAUUGCUGAGGAUGAAGAAUUAGACCAAAAAAUUACCCAAGGAUAUCUCCUGAAAGAAGAAAGAGCCUUUAAAAAAUAUUCUAUUAAAAUUCUUUCUCUGUUUCUGUCACAUCUUUGUCUUUUCUUUCUCUGCUCCAUCUCUCAUCUUUUCCCUCCCUUCCUUGUCUCUCGUCUUUUCCCUCCCUUGCUUGUCUCUCUCCUUUUCCCUCCCUGCCCUGCCUUUCUCCUUUUCCUUCCCUUCCUUGUCUCUCAUCUUUUCCCUCCCUGCCCAGUCUCUCUCCUUUUCCCUCCCUUCCUCGUCUCUCUCCUUUUCCCUCCUUUUCCCUCCCUUCCUUGUCUCUCUCCUUUUCCCUCCCUUCCUUGUCUCUUGUCUUUUCCCUCCCUUCCUUGUCUCUCUCCUUUUCCCUCCCUUCCUUGUCUCUCGUCUUUUCCCUCCCCUGCCCUGUCUCUCUCUUUUCCCUCCCUUCCUUGUCUCGUCUUUUCCCUCCUUCCUUGUCUCGUCUUUUCCCUCCUGCCUCGUCUCUCUCCUUUUCCCUCCCUUCCUUGUCUCUCGUCUUUUCCCUCCCUGCCCUGUCUCUCUCCUUUUCCCUCCCUUCCUUGUCUCUCUCCUUUUCCCUCCCUUCCUUGUCUCUCUCCUUUUCCCUCCCUUCCUUGUCUCUCUCUUUUCCCUCCCUUCCUUGUCUCUCUACUUUCCCUCCCUUCCUUGUCUCUCGUCUUUUCCCUCCCUCCUUGUCUCUCUCUUUUCCCUCCCUUCCUUGUCUCUCUCCUUUUCCCUCCCUGCCCUGCCUUUCUCCUUUUCCCUCCCUUCCUUGUCUCUCUCCUUUUCCCUCCAUUCCUUGUCUCUCAUCUUUUCCCUCCCUGCCCAGUCUCUAUCCUUUUCCCUCCCUGCCCUGCCUUUCUCCUUUUCUCUCCCUUCCUUGUCUCUCGUCUUUUCCCUCCCUUCCUUGUCUCUCGUCUUUUCCCUCCCUUCCUUGUCUCUCGUCUUUUCCCUCCCUGCCUCGUCUCUCUCCUUUUCCCUCCCUUCCUUGUCUUUCAUCUUUUCUCUCUCUUCUCCAUUUCUCUUCUUUUCAUGAAAUACUGCUAA